AUGAUCAUCCCCAUCCGCUGCUUCUCUUGCGGCAAGGUAAUCGCCGACCUCUACGAAAAGUACAUCGAACUUAUCGGAGAGGUGAUUGACGACGAGGGCAACACAAAAUCCGACGGGCAAGCCAUGGAUGAACUCGGCCUCAACAGGUACUGCUGCAGGCGCAUGAUGCUCACGCACGUCGACCUUAUUGAGAAACUCUUGCGAUACAAUCCGGCCGAGCGAAACAUCACUCUGAAUCGAUGA